CAGUCAUCUGCAAAAAGUCUAACCUGUGACUUUACACAAAGAGGUAGGUCAUUUAUGUGGCAAAGAAAUAUCAGCGGACCAAGGACAGACCCUUGUGGUACGCCAGAGUCUACAUGUAUGCUUCUCAAGUGUUCACCUUCAACCACAACGUUCAUCGAUCUGUCUCUAACGAAGGAAGAUAACCAAGACAGCAGUUGACCUUUAAUUCUGUAGUGUGACAUCUUGUAUAAAAGUCGAUCAUGAGGAGAAGGCAGGUGACAAAGAGGAAGUUCAAUAUUAUUGGCAUCCCAAAUGUGCUGCAGAAUGUACAGACUGACAAAAAUGUGUCGUCACAGCCCAGAGAUUCAACGCAGAAAUUAAGAGGUAGUGCAAAGAAAAGCAAGACUACUAAGCAGAAUGUCGAGAUUGAUGCACAGGUCAGUAAGUCUGGUACAGGGGUCAACGAGUCUGGAAGCAGGGUCAACGAGUCUGGAACCAGGGAUGGCAAGUCUGGUACACGGGUCAACAAGUCUGAUACUCGGAUCAACAAGUCUGGUACACGGGACAACAAAUCUGGUACACGGGACAACAAAUCUGGUACACGGAACAGGAAGUCUGGUACACCAGAUGUAGCAUCUCGGUCUACAAGAAGUAGAGGAGAGAAAAAUAACCGUGUUUCCUCUAGUCCUCUGGCUUUACUGAAGGAACAAAAAGAAAAUGAAGCAUCAAAGGAUCCUGAUGUAGCUGACAUUGACAGUGAUAAGGAUGAAGUAGAGAAUGGUCCAACCUCACAAAAGCUUCGUAAGUUUGGACUUGCUGAAGAUACCCCACCACCUGGCGAUGUUUCUGUAUCGUUUCUUGCAAGUACACCAAAGCCAGGUCGACCUCAGUUAUCAAGGCGUCGACCCAUGUCGCCAGUUGUGGAGACCUUGGUGGUGCCCUUGAGCUCACAAGACACAGCAAGCUCACAGGAACAAAACGGGGAAGAUUUCAGCGAGAACCAUGUAAUAAAACAACAGAAAAUGAACACAACACAGAAACAUAAAAAUGAAAAUUUACUUAAAAUACAAAUGGAUAUCAAAUCUCCAAGAAAGGGAUCGCCACUAAAACUAUUGCCUCAAAAACAAUCCCCCCUUAAACGAUCACCACAGAAGCAGACACCAGGUGGCCGUAUUAAUGAAAAGAUUGCUUCUUUAAAUAGAACAAGGCUGGAGAAAAAGAGGAAAAACUCUGAAAUACACACUACAUUGUCUGUAAAUGACAAAGAAAUUAGCCUAACUAAAUCUAGAUUAGCGAAUAAAUCUGUUUCUAAGCAGACAGAUAAUACACUGACAACAAGAAGUGGAACAAAAAAGCAGAAAGUGUCAGAGCCAGUCAGAGAUAUCCAACUAACUAGCUGGCAGGAUCAGCAAGAUUCACUCAGUGAGAGUGAAGGUACAGAUGUUACGGACAUGCUGCAGGCAGACAAUACUGAGAGUGAUAAAAGUGUAAAAGUGAGCGGUGGGACAAAAUCUCGAGGAAAUAGUCAGUCUGUGAAUAAGAACAAAAAUGCUCAAACUAGUACACCUGAUGGUGCAAAUAAUUUCUCUAAAACACAGGAAUCGGGACGAAAUAUUGGUAGAAUAAAGCAGAGAAAGAAUUUAACAUCUGGCAAAGGUGAUGAAACUGUUCAGGAUAGUAACUCUGAAGAUAGUUUGUCUAGUCACAGAAGGAAGUCAGCAGUUAACAGGAAGUUACAAACACUCAGCAGAACAAAUGACACAGGUGAUACGUCUGCUGCUGAUGUAUCUGCUGCUAUAGAUCAGACAAUGAUGGUAUGGGAGACUGAAGGUCAGAAAAGAACUCGAAGUGACCUCAUUGACCUUGAUGUUGUAUUGAACACUGUCACAGAGACUCUUGCAGCCAGAAUGGAUGUAUAUGACACAGAUGAGGAGCAGUCAGCAGUGCAUGUACUAGAGAAGUACCUCACACAAGACAUUACACACAUGAUAGAAGGAGUGCAAACAGUGAUGGAGCUACAGUCCAAAAUAAAGAAGUGUGGACAGAGUAUAAAACAGAAACAGAAAUCUCUGAUGGCGUUACAGAAGGAAAGAAUUGAGAUGGAAGAAAAAUGUCAGCCAUUGAAGAAAGCUCAAGAAGAUAAUGAGAAUUUGACUGCCAUUAACCAGUUCUUGAAGGAUCUUGGUAAAAUCAUUGACAAAUGUUAGAUGCAGCAGUGAGAAAAUUGACUUCCAUUAACCAAUUCUUGAAGGAUCUUGGCAAAAUGAUUGACAGAUGUUAGAUGCAGCAGUGAGAAUUUGAUUGCCAUUAACCAAUUCUUGAAGGAUCUUGGAAAAAUCAGUGACAAAUGUUAGAUAUAGCAGAGAAAAUUUGACUUCCAUCAGUCAGUUAUUGAGAAAUCUUGGCAAUAUCAUUAACAAAUGUUUGAUUAAUAAUCAUGGCAAUAUCAUUGACAAGUGUUAGAUUAAGAAAGUUGGCAAGACCAUUGUCAAAUGUUAGAGAAGUGAGAAUUGGACUGCCUUUAGCCAGUUGUUGAAGUAUCUUAGUAAAAUCAAUGACAAGUUAUAGAACAGUUAGUAUUGGACUGCCUUUAGCCAGUUUAUAAAGUAGCUUAGUAAAAUUAAUGACAAGUUAUAGAACAGUGAGUAUUGGACUGCUUUUAGGCAGUUGUUAAAGUAUCUUAGUAAAAUCAAUGACAAGUUUUAGGACAGUUAUUACUGGACUGCCUUUAGCCAGUUGUUGAAGUAUCCUAGUAAAAUCAAUGGCAAGUUAUAGAACAGUUAGUAUUGGACUGCCUUUUAGCCAGUUGUUGAAGUAUCUUAGUAAAAUCAAUGACAAGUUAUAGGGCAGUGAGUAUUGGACUGCUUUUAGCCAGUUGUUGAAGUAUCCUAGUAAAAUCAAUGACAAGUUAUAGGGCAUUGAGUAUUGGACUGCUUUUAGCCAGUUGUUGAAGUAUCCUAGUAAAAUCAAUGACAAGUUAUAGGGCAGUGAGUAUUGGACUGCUUUUAGCCAGUUGUUGAAGUAUCCUAGUAAAAUCAAUGACAAGUUAUAUGGCAGUGAGUAUUGGACUGCCUUUAGCCAGUUGUUGAAGUAUCCUAGUAAAAUCAAUGACAAGUUAUAGAACAGUUAGUAUUAGACUGCCUUUAGCCAGUUGUUGAAGUUUCCUAGUAAAAUCAAUGACAAGUUAUAGAACAGUUAGUACUGGUCUGCCUUUAGCCGGUUGUUAAAGUAUCCUAGUAAAAUCAAUGACAAGUUAUAGAACAGUUAGUAUUGGACUGCCUUUUAGCCAGUUGUUGAAAUAUCUUAGUAGAAUUAAUGACAAUUUAUAGGGCAGUUAGUAUUGGACUGCCUUUAGCCAGUUCUUGAAGGAAUUUGGCAAUGGCAUUGAGGAGCAUUCAAUGUAGCAGUGAGAAUUUAACAGUCGUAUAAUGACUUCUUGAAGGAUUUUGGCAAGAUCAUCAACAACCAUGUCAGGAAUAAAUAAAUCUCUCUGAAAAAUUAAUGGCAGUGACUUUUAGCUUAAUCUGAAUUAGAACAGCAGUAUGUUAGUUGUCUUUCACUGCAACUUGCAUGUUCAGGAAAUGUUUGAAUCCCCAUCCAAGAGAUUCUUGGAAAUACAUCCAGUGUUUUCUGUUUUGCUGCUUUGUUUUGAUAUUAUUUUGUUAAACUCAUGUAAGAUGCAACUUCCUUAUUAUUAUGUACCUGGAGAUUAAGCAGUGUAGAACAAAAACUUAUUUGUCAUUUUA